GAAUUUGUGUCUGUCUUGUGACACCACCAAAGGCUAAACAAAGCAUCUUCUCACCAAACACAAAUGCCACUCUCUCUCUCUCUCUCUCUCUCUUCGUCCCACAAGCAACACCUCUCACUUUCUCCCUAUAUCUGAGCCCGUGAGCUGACACAGUUUCUAAAGCGCGCUCCCCAAUGGACGACAUCUCCCGACGAAAGCAGCUGAUGAGCUCUCGCCGACGAUCAUGGUGCUGCUCAUUCACAGACCCACCCUCAAGCCCCGAAUCCUUCUCGAACCCUAAACUCUCCAAACCCCUCCAAAAGUUGGACACUUUCUCCAAACCCAACUCCAACUCCGUCCCCAGCUCCCCACAGAGCACCAAAUCCGGGCUCAGCCUGGUGGGCCGGAUCGACCCCCGUCGGAUCUUGUCCCCGGGUCGCGUCUCCCCAAUCGAUUCCAGCCCGAUCCAGCAACUGGGCCCCGCCCCAGCUCCUCCUCCGCCUCCCGCCGCCGCCCAGAUGAGAUCCCAGAGCUUCCGGGCCCCGGCCCAGGUGAGAGCCGAGAGCGUGUCGAGCUCCGAGUGCAAUGUGUUCGAUGUGAGGUUGAAUUUGAGAGGGAAAAGGGGCGGGGGCUUGGUUCUUGAGCUCAGCUCCGAGGUUCUGAGUUCCAAUUCGGAGCUUUUCGCCGGAUUGAUCGGUGAGUACAGAAAGAGUAACAAUGGGUCGUCGUCUUCGGGGUCGAAAAUGUGUCGAAUUGAGGUACCUGAGGUGGAGAAUUUGUCAGUUUUUAGAGAAGCCAUUGAGCUCAUGUUUGAGGAUGAUGACAUCACCAAGCGCCUCUUCAGGAUUGGGGUGUAUAGGGUUAUUGAUGUGCUUGAGGUAUCUGCAGGCAUCAUGUUCACUAAGGGUGUCUUGUCCUGUUUAAAAUAUCUUGAGGCUGUUCCUUGGACUGAGGAAGAAGAGGAGAAACUUAGGAACCUGUUUACGAGGUUUAAGUUUGAUGAGGCAACGACUAGAGACAUCUUGGCCAGACUUUACUUGCUUGACUCUGUCGAUUCUCAACAAAACUUAUCCAGACAGCUUGUUUCAUCUAUCACCACUUGUACAGAUGCAAAUGCAAGGCAUGAGCUGAAGUUGUUAGUCAAGGGUCUCCUGUGCAGAAGUUCAGUGUAUGAGAAGGGUCAUCAUGACCUAAAUAAGGAAGAUAUUUACGGUGUAUGUCGAUCAUGUCUGUGUUCACUAGUUAGUCUCUUUGAGGAGGCCACUGGCAACAUUUCUCAUCAGAAAACUGUGAAGGAGACAGGUAAGCCUAUGAUAGAACGUGUCUCAAGGCAGGUUGAUAAUAUCAACUGGCUGCUGGACAUCCUGCUUGAUCGGCAAAUGGCUGAAGAUUUUGUGGAUAUAUGGGCCGAGCAGGGAGAACUUCUUAAAAUGCAUGGCGAUACUUCUCCUAUGGUCAGGUAUGAGCUGAGCCGAGUUUCUGCAAUUUUGUUUGUUGCAAUGGGGACCCGAAAACUACAAUGCCGGUCAGAGUCGAGAUCAGGGCUUCUUCAGGCAUGGUUUGGUCCAAUGCUUUUGGAUUUUGGUUGGCUGCAGAGAUGUCGGAAGGGCCUUGACAUAAAGAGUUUGGAGGAAGCUCUGGGUCAGACACUCCUUACGCUACCAUUGAAGCAGCAGUAUAUGCUUUUUAUGGAAUGGUUUCGAUAUUUCUCAAAGCACAGCACCGACUGCCCUAACCUCAGCAAAGCCUUCCAGAUAUGGUGGCGUAGAUCAUUUCUACGAGGCUCCGAAACUUCUGCUAUUGAAUCCAGAUGACUGGUAGAAAGCGUUAGUUUCCACCCUUGUAUUGCAGUAGUGUAGGUGGAGAUGCUGAAACAUCUUGGAAAUGAAUAAUGUAGAUUAACUCUCUAGAUUUGUUUUAUCAGCUAUUAGAGCAUAGAAUGGCAUCAUAAUAUCGGAUUUAGUUGUCUUCCAUUUU